AUGACCGUUUCUUUCCAAAAUGGACGCGAUUUGGAUAACACAUCCGACGCUGUUGACGAUGUCAACGUUUUGAAGGGCAAGAUGUGGGAUGAAGAGUCGGAAUUCGAUACAUCCAAAGACAAGACCAAGUUCAGACAAUAUGAAGAUGCUUGUGACCGCGUCAAAGCCUUCUACAAGGAACAACAUGAAAAGCAAACCGUCGAGUUUAACUUGAAAGCUCGCGUGGAUUUCAAAAGUCGAAAGCGCGCUCACAUGGGUAUUUGGGAGGCUAUGGAGAUGCUGAACAAUCUUGUUGAUGACUCUGAUCCUGAUACCAGUGUAUCUCAAAUCGAACACCUCCUUCAAACAGCUGAAGCUAUCCGUAGGGACGGGAAACCCGAGUGGAUGCAGGUCACAGGUCUUAUUCAUGAUCUUGGCAAGUUGCUCUAUAUGUUUGGAUCGGAAGGCCAAUGGGACGUAGUCGGUGACACUUUCGUCGUUGGUUGCCAAUUCUCUGAGAAGAUUAUCUACCCCGAAACGUUUGCUGCCAAUCCCGACUCUAAGGAUGCUGUCUUCUCAACUCGAUAUGGUAUCUACAAGCCUUAUUGUGGUCUGGAUAACGUAAUGUUAUCUUGGGGUCACGACGAGUAUUUGUAUCACGUGGUUAAGGACCAGAGCUCGCUUCCGGAAGAGGCUCUGGCCAUGAUUCGAUACCACAGCUUCUACCCGUGGCAUCGCGAGGACGCGUACACGUACCUCACAAACGAAAAGGACCAAAAAGCUCUGGAAGCUGUCCGUGCCUUCAACCCGUACGAUCUUUACAGCAAGAAUGACGAGCCAUGCAAUGCUGCGAAGUUGAGGCCAUACUACGAGAGCUUGAUUGCCAAGUUCUUCCCUCCCACGAUUGACUGGUAAUCUGGUCAUUGCCUGAUUCCUACACUAAUUGUUUUACACCGCUACAUUCUACACUACUACUACAUCGCCUCCAUCGCUAUC